AUGUCCGCUGCAGCUAAUGACCUGCAGCCAAUGCGCCACUCGCAAGUAGCACCCAACACGAUUCAGCCGUCUCGUAGUCGUCCAAAUGUUACAUGCAGCAACUUGGUUAGAUGUUGUGUUACGUCAAUGAGCUUCCGUCCAGAUCUUCCCAAAUGUGCCAGUUGGUUCAAAUCUUGUUGCCACCGCCCUGACUCCGCAUCCAUUCACCUGGACAAAUUAAACGCGAUAGGAACAAACGUCAGUCUGCGGCACAGUCUAUCCCGUGCUCCGGCCCGCGGAUGA